AUGAUUCGUAUAUUUGAUAACAAUUCCACGAGGUUCAGUUGUUCAAACAUUUAGUUUCGUUUAUAGUUUUAAAUUCUGAACUUGAAAUCAUAAUUCAAAUUACAAAUCACUAUAUAAAAAAUGUCACGACCUGAACAUUUAGCUCCUCCAGAAAUUUUUUACAAUGAUGAUGAAGCACGAAAAUAUACUCAAAAUUCUCGAAUGAUUAAUAUUCAAUUAGAAAUGGCUGAAAGAUGUUUGGAAUUAUUGAUGUUGCCUGAAGAACAGACUUGUUUGCUCUUAGAUUUAGGCUGUGGUUCUGGUCUAAGUGGCAGUGUAUCUGAGGAAUCUGGGCAUGUUUGGUUUGGAAUGGAUAUUUCUGAGUCCAUGUUAAAAGUAGCUAAAGAAAGAGAGGUCGAAGGAGAUUUAUUAUUAGGAGAUAUUGGAAAUGGUAUACCAUUUCAACCGGGUACAUUUGAUGGUGCAUAUAGUGUAAGCACAUUACAGUGGUUAUGUAAUGCAGAUAAAUCAUCUCAUAAACCUGCCAAAAGAUUAUAUAGUUUAUUCUCAACAUUAUUAGCCUGCCUGGGACGUAAUGCAAGAGCAGUUUUUCAAUUUUAUCCAGAAAAUGUAUAUCAAACAGAUUUAGUUGUAUCACAAGCAAGAAAAGCUGGAUUCUUCGGAGGUCUUUUAGUAGAUUUCCCUGAUAGCACUAAAGCAAAAAAAUAUUUCCUUGUUUUGAUGACAGGAGGUGCUAUGCCUAUGCCUGCAGCACUAGGUACAGACAAUUUACAAAUUAAUUACACAUCAAAAAGAGAAAAAAUGACAAAAGGCCGAGCUUCAAAACUGGUUAAAAAAAGUAGAGAGUGGAUUUUAGAAAAGAAAGAAAGAAGAAGACGUCAAGGAAAAACUACUCGAGAGGAUACAAAGUAUACAGGACGGGCAAGAAGUGGACGGUUUUGAUAACUAUUAAAAAUAUAAAUAUUUAUCUUAUUAAUUGGGUAUUUUUUGAAUAAAAGAUUAUUCAAAUAGUUA